AUGUCGAAACUUUGUGUUGCAGCAUUCAAUUUCGGACAAAACACCCAAAAGGCUGCUGGAGGGGCAUUUGGAACCGGUACUCCUGCUCCUACAUUUGGAAGCACAACGACGGGUGCCCCUGCGACAGGGUUUUCCUUUGGAGCUCCAGCUGGUAGCACUGGAGGGUUUGCUGGGUUUGGUGCGCCGGCAGCCUCCUCAGGAGCAGGUCCAACAGCUACGCCGGCUUUCGGCGCUCCAGCAGGGGGCAACACUGCUUCGCCCUUUGGUGCAACUUCAACCCCUCAAUUCGGAUUUGGCACGUCGGCACCGGCUGCAUCUUCGGCCGCGGUCCCUACGUUUGGAGCGACAUCACAACCCGCAGGGACUGGCUUUGGAGGUUUCAGCGGCGGCGCCCCUGCGUCGGGCUUGUUCGGGAGCGUGGCCGCGAAGCCGACCCCUGCAUUUGGUACUUCGACAGCCGCUACUUCUGCUUCUGCCGCCCCAGCACCGACGUUCGGAGCACCAGCCGGGGGAGCCACCUUUGGAGGAUUCGGGGCGGCUCCGGCGAGCACGGCCGCACCACCGGCUGCUUUCGGGGGUUUCGGCAGUGCUGCAACGAGCGCACCCGCCGCAUCAGGUGGACUGUUCGGCAGCGUUCCCGCGUCCACUCCAACACCUGGAUCUCUGUUCCCUGCGCCGGCGCCUACAACUAUGCCAGCGUUUGGUGCGCCUAAGCCUGCCACUUCAGCACCCGGUGCUGCAGCACCUUCGUUCAGUUUUGGGGCCCCUGCAGCGACAACGGCAGCUGCGCCGGCAGCGUCAACUAGCAUUUUCGGUGCCGCAGCGUCAGCCGGUCCACCAGCGGGUAACCUUUUCGCCAAGCCACCUGCUACAUCCGCUCCGGCGACAGCAUUGGGGGGGAAUCUAUUUGGUAAACCAGCUACCUCAAGCGCUCCAGCUCCGGGUGGGGGCCUGUUUGGGGCACCGGCAGCUUCAACUGCGGCCCCUCCAGCUGCCAGUAUUUUUGCGACGCCGGCGAAGCCGGCUGCGGGUGGCGGUCUCUUUGCGCCAAAACCUGCGGACUCCAACCCCGUUACACCAGGGCCUCUCAAGUUGGGUGAUCUAGCAACACCGGCACCAGCAACCGCCGCCCCUGCACCCAAUUUGUUUGUCAAACCCGCCGCCCCUCCUGCCUUUGGAGCUCCAGCCAAUUCCGCGCCAGCCGCUUCGACUGCCGCAACGCCCGCCCAGCCUGCGCCCGCUGCUUCGGCAGCAGCAACUCCAAGCACAAGUACGCCUAAGCCCGCUUCAACGCCCUCCGCCGCAGGGAUGUCAGCAUUGAAGAAUCGAAGCAUGGAAGAGAUCCUGAAUCGAUGGAAUCAACAACUGGACCAGUAUACCCGAGAGUUUCACAAUCAAGCUGUAGAAGUGCAAAAGUGGGACCGUGUCAUUCUCCAAAACAGUUACGGGAUUUCACAACUCUUUGACCAGCUCAACUCGGCCGAAGCCCUCCAGAAAGAGAUUGACGACAGCUUGAGUUAUAUCGAUUCGCAGCAAACAUCGUUGGACAAUCUCUUGAAUCAGUACGAUGAAGAAUUGCAAAAGAUAUACUAUAGCGAGAAUACGUCACUACAGAACAGGCAUUCGCUCGCGGACGAGGAACGGGAAAAGGCCUACAAACUAGCAGAAAAUCUCAACAACCACCUGGACGAGAUGUCUUCGCACCUCUCCGUCCUCAUCGAGGAGAUCAACACGACCAAGAGCGCUGCGGGCAAGUCAGGAUCUAACCAAGACAGCAACGGCACCAGGGCAGACAACCCGGUCGGAUCCAUCGUGCGCAUCCUGAAUGAGCAUCUGUCGUCGCUGGAGUGGUUGGACAGCACCUCUGCGGAGCUGUCCCAGAAGGUCCAAGAUUUGAGCAGGGUGGCAGAUGAAGCGACGGGUCAAGCGGAUCGGUUGCAUAACACGCAUCGCGCCAAUGCCGGUGAAUUUGGAGGGAGGCAAUCGCUGUUCAAUGGCGGUGCGUCGACGAGGGAACGGGUUCCGCGAUAGGGUAGAGGUUGAAAACCUGUGGAGCGCUAAUGAGAUUGUGGUUGAUACCCAUGGGGAAUCCAUGGAUCCUUUUUUGCAUAUGAGUGUGUAAUAUCUAUUCAAUGUUGUAUCUAUGAUCCCUUUCAGAUUCAUUUCCGAGGGCGUUCUGA